UAUAUAUAUAUAUAUAUAUAUAUAUAUAUAUAUAUAUAUAUAUAUGCCACUCUCUCUCUACAUCAGACAUAUUGGUGUUGUAUAGACUUAACAUGGCUGACUGUUAACGGGGCUGAUAUUCUGUAUUCUUUCUUCUUCUGUGUGAGGGGAAAUAGUCUGAGUGAAACUGGAAUAAGCAUCACCCAUCUCUCACACACACACACAUUCAUAUACUUACACACACUAAACAUCACACAUCCACAAAGGAAGACUGAGAGGAACUGCUGGUUCCCCACUGACUCACCACCAACACUAUUCCAUCAACAUGAAGCCAUUGUCACACCAUAGCAGCAGUGACACAGACAACCAUUAACAACAGAACAUUGGGACCAAGUCACAAUUUAUACAACAAAGGAUUUUACACAAUAAAUGUUCAUCUUCUUCAAACUGAUCAGAAAAACAAAAACAAAUUGAAAUUUGAAACUAGACUUUCUCAGCCUCAGAAUAUAACACUGUUAUGUAACAAAAUUGGUGUGGUUUACCUUUUUUUUUUUGCUAUAGAAGUCCUUCUUCAUCCAAAUGGCAAAUAUGUUUGUAGCAAUUUGCAUACUUCUCUCUUGUAUGCAUUGUAGUCUGUGCAAAGACAUUACCUUUCAUGUAAAAGAGGAAAAUGUUCCUUACUAUUUCAUAGGCGACAUUGCUACUGAAACUCUUGUCACCAAAACUCUUUUAACUGAUGAUGCCAGUCUCUUCACAUUUAAUCAACUUAAACAGAAAGGAACUCAACUAUUUAAUGUAACAAAAGAAGGAAAAUUGUACACAGCUCAAACUUUGGAUGCUGAAGUUUUGUGUCGAUAUAAUACUGAAUGUUACAAAACUGUGAAAAUUGCUAUACACAAACAUAAAACAUUUACGAAGAUAUUAAAGAUUAAAGUUGUAAUAGAAGACACCAAUGACCACCAGCCUGAGUUUCCUGAGGAAGAAAUCACACUACAUUUUAGGGAAGGAGAUGGUAAAGGUAUGAAGAAGGCCAUACCUAAUGCUGUUGAUAAAGAUGUUGGAUAUCAAAACAGACUGAUUAAUUAUAAAUUGAGAAAUAAUUCUGUGAAGUUUGUGCUGUCUGUUUCUAAAAGAGUGGAUGGAAUAUCCAGAUUAGAAAUUGUUUUGAAUGAAAAAUUAGAUAGAGAGCAAAAAGAUAUCUAUCAUAUUCAGGUAUCAGCUACAGAUGGGGGAUCUCCACCCAAACAAUGUGUCUUAGAGAUAACAAUAAUUGUAGAAGAUGAGAAUGAUAAUUUACCUCUUUUCUCUAAUGACAUCUACAAUAUUUCUAUUCAGAAUACUUAUCAAAUAUUCAAACCAAUAUUAACUCCUUCUGCAAAUGAUAAGGAUAGUGGCAAAAAUGGGAUGAUUUCUUAUUAUUUUAGUCCAAUGACUUCUGAUAUUGACAAAACAUACUUUGGCUUGAAUAAAACAACUGGAGAUAUCUCUCUAAUUGAUGAAAUUGAUAUUGAUGAAGAGAAGAUUAUGUAUACACUUUAUAUAGAAGCCAGGGAUGGAGGUAAUCCACCACUGAGUUCAAUAGCUGCUGUCCAUGUAAAUGUCAUCAAUGAACACAACAAACCCCCAAAUAUUGAUGUGAACUUUAUUUCUACACAGAAUCACAACACCGCCACCAUUCUGGAAGAUAUCAAAGUUGGUAGUUUCAUUGCUUAUGUGAUGGUCACUGACAAUGAUGUUGGACACAAUGGACAGGUGAACUGUCAUAUCAAAGACGACACAUUCAAACUACAGUCAAUGGGAUCAAAGGAAUAUAAAAUAGUUCUAAAGAAAGCAGUAGACAGAGAGACACAGGAACAUUAUCACUUUACUGUGUCGUGUGAAGAUAAAGGAUUACCUGCUCUGAAAACUGAUAAAGAUCUGUCAAUCCAAGUGUUAGAUGUGAAUGAUGUAGAACCACACUUUACGAAAGACACAUUCAAGUUCCUUACCUAUAAAUACAGUCAACCCAUUGAGGUGACAUCUUACGGAGAUAACAGACCAUCUUCUAAUUAUCCCACUGACACAUUGACCAGUCGUAAGAGUAGUGGACAGUGCUGGAGUGAGCGGUCAAGUAGACAGUAUGAAGAAAUACCAGCAAUGUCAGGACAUUACACUAUCCGAUCAGAUAUGUCAGCCAGUAAUGAAGGACAACUAUACCAAGAGAGAUAUGUAAAAAACCCUGAGAGACAGUUGCCUUCACCACCAGAUGUUAUAAAUCAGUGA